UUGUUUUGCGGGAUGCUGAACCUAAAGCAUGACUGUAUUCAUGCUCUGUGCCGGAAAAUGUGAUUAUUUCUGCAGAGUACAGAUUUUCAUGUGAAGAUGUCUUCAUUAGUGGACUAUGAAGAUUCAGAGUCAGAGGAUGACUCGCUGGAUCAGAGAGUAGAAGGAGCAACAGAUUCUGCUCAAACAGAAGAAAACCAAGACACUAAUAUUGUCAAGGUUAUACCUUACCCUGGAAGAUUUGUGUCUGACCAGACAGUGUGGGAAUAUCAACAAAAUAUGGCAGAAACAAGCAGGUCUUCACUCCAUCCUCACUCCCAGCCACAGAGCUUUACUAACUCGAAAAGAAGAUGUGGAGGUGCAGCAGAUUUUAGAAAUACUGAAACAUCUUUGAAUUUGCCUGAUAGUCAGAGGGAGAUGGCAUCCCCGCAGGCUCUUCCAUGCAUGCCACAAAGUUUAGGCAAUGCUGCAAACUUGGCAAAAAGACAGCAAACUGUCCCAUCUGGUGUCAGACCGUAUAUCCCUAAGAGGAAGAGACUUGCCACUUCAGAAGGAGUGGAGCUAAAGCACCCAGCAGAGCAAGUCCUAGGGAAUCAGGCCAGAGAAAGUCAGAUUCUCUCAGAUGUGUCAGCAAGACUGAAGCCAUAUCUUGCUCAAACGCCCAGCAUGACAGGGAUACCCAGGAGGCUUCUGAUGAGCCUGGGAGGCCACCAGGGCCCAGUCAACACAGUGCAGUGGUGUCCUUUGCCCCAUGUCAGCCAUCUGUUGCUGUCUGCCUCCAUAGACAAGACUUUCAAGGUGUGGGAUGCAGCAGAGAGCGGGCGAUGCCUCAGGGUUUACACCUGCCAUUCGGGAGCUGUGCGCAACGCCUGUUGGACCCCCUGCGGGCGACACUUUCUCACUGGCUCAUUUGACAACACGACUGUGAUCACUGAUGUGGAGACGGGGCAGCCAACAGUGAAAGUGGACAACGAGUUUAAGGUGAUGUGUGCGGCCGUGCAUCCCAGCAACCCGGAGGUUUUCCUGUGUGGAGGUUACAGUUCAGCAGUCAAGGCGUGGGACUCUCGCAGCUGCAAGGUGGUGAAAGUUUACCAAGCCGGCAUCCAGCAGACCUUGGACAUAGUCUUUCUGAGAGGCGGUGUGACUUUUAUAACAAGCUCUGACUGCGUGAGCAGAGACUCUGCAGACCGCACCCUCAUUGCCUGGGACUAUGAGACCACAGCCAAAGUCUCCAACCAAAUCUACCAUGAGCGUUACACGUGCCCGGGCCUGGCUCUCCACCCGCUGGAAGACUCCUUUGUUGCCCAGACCAAUGGGAACUACAUAGCAGUGUUCUCCUCCCAGCAGCCGUAUAGAAUGAACAAAAGGCGGCGGUUCGAAGGACACAAGGUGGAGGGAUAUGCAAUAAAGUGUGGCUUUUCUCUGGAUGGAACUAUCCUGGCCUCAGGGAGCUCCACUGGCUCCGCUCACUUCUAUGAUUAUCACACAGCUCAUAUGCUUCACACCCUCCGUGCCCAUAGCCAGCCCUGCCUUUGUGUGUCUCAGCAUCCCGUCUUACCUACGACUGUGGCUACUUGUGACUGGGGCGGUGAGAUCAAGGUCUGGCACUGACAACCAACUAUGAACAAAGAGAUUAUAAACUUAAAACGUAGCUGGUUGGCCAUGAGAUGGAAGACUGUAUUAAACAGAAACGUCAUGUGCACAUUUAUCUUCAAGACUAUAGCUUUCAUAAUCUCUUGGCAAAAGAUAAGAAGAACUUGGCAAAAAAUGCUGAAAGUCAGCAAAUCUACUAUCUACUGAUUCAUUUGGAAAACAUUUUUUUACACUGACUAUCUUGCAAAGCUUUCACAUCAUAAUAAAAAAACUAACUCGAUUUCAGUCGCUAUGGUGUCAUCUCACUUUAAGCGUUUUAUUCAUAUUUGUCCCAUCUGUUCACAUCCUGUAAUCUUGGUGGUUGAAAUGAAAACAGUUGAAGUUACACUGUAUGAGAUCAAAGGAAGCUUCUUUACAGUUAAGAGUUCAAAGAGUGAACUAUUGUUAUGGGUUUUAUCUAAAGUGGAAAAGUAGUCUAGCUGCACAUAUGCCCACAAAAACACCCCAGUGCUUUUAUAGUCCUGCCUUUCACCCCAAAUACAGCAGGGGAUUUCAUCAUCACCGUAGUCUUUAAGGUUUUGUCAAAAUAAAAAUAAAAACAUCUCUCCGGGUGGUUUUUAAUCAGAAGUGUUUUUCAUUCCACAUUCUGCAUACACAUCACUUUUCUUAUUCCCUUUUCUUCUCUCUGGCUCUGAUAUGACAUUUCCUUUCACACUGCAUCAAAGAAAGACAACCAGAGAACUAAAAAAAUAUGCCAUCAUCUGUCAAAGCAUUGCCAAGUUCUCCCAGAGUCCUGCCAGUC